UCUAAAAGGCACACGUACUAUGAUAAAAAUAGCUAGCCAAUAAACAUAUUAUCAUUAUUUAUUAAAAAAAAAAACAAAAAUUUUAUGUAUAAGUUAAAAAUAAAAUAACAAGUCCGCAAGAAGUAUGCAAUUAAUUAAUUUCUAUUUAAAAAAAAAGGAAAAAAAAAAACUAUAAAUCCUUGCAAGAAAAGGAUUACGUAAAAACAAAUCCUUUCCGGAUAUGGAAAAGAACAUAACUACCUCCACUCCAUAUAUAUUCACAGAAUUGAAAGACAUUCAAACAUUCCUCUUCUUCCCUAUAUCCUCUAAUUCUUCUAGAUCAAUGGAUUCUUUAAAGCCAAAGAAAAUUGUAACGAAGCACUGUAGAAAGCUUCAUGUUAACAAGUUCAAGCAUACUCCAAAAGAAUUACUAACUGAAAUUCUUUUCCGAGUAGCCUCUUCAUCGUUCACUGAUCUUUGCAAUGCAAAAGCAAGUUGCGAAGAAUUUCUACAAGUAGCAACAGAAGAUUACUUCUUCGAGCAUGUCUCUCUCAAUCCUAUCCCAAUAAUCUCCUGGAGGAUCAACCAUGCUGUCUCGUCUUUUUUGUUUGAGUGCAAGAGAAGUGGAAACCCGGAAGCAUUGUUUAGACGAGGCAUGGUUGAUUAUUUUAGCAAACCCAAACAACGCGAGUCUGGGCUUGAUUUCUUGGAAAAAGCUUCUGGUCUUGAGCUGUUGAAAGAAGCUGCUAAAAAAGGACACAUGGAAGCUAAUUAUGUAUGUGGUAUAAUUCUCGUGUGCUACGGUGGGGAAUUGAGAAAAGAGGGUUUAAAACUACUUUCUAAAUUUGAAAGAUCAAAUUUAAGUUUGGUUAUUACCGAUUGUAGAAAGAAAGUUAGAGACUUAGUUAAGAAUAUUUGGGUGGAUGACAAUAUUUUCGGAUUUGGACCGGAAGAAGAGGAAGAAUGCAGGAUUAGUAUAAAAAGCUGCAGUUGUAAUAGCAAGAAGAAGGCAGUCUGUUCUUUCACUGUUGCGGGAUCAAGAUGGACAAUGGAUUCUGAUUAUUUUGAAGAUGACAGUUCUUUAUGUGAUUCCUGUUUAUGGCGUCGUGAAGCAACUCGGUUUCUUAAUAUGUUAAGAACUGGUAGAUAUACGCUUUAGGUUUUUAUUUUUGGCAACUCGGUUUCUUAAUAUGUUAAGAACCAUAAAUAUAUGCCUUAGGU